AUGUGCAUUUUGUUGACUGACGAGUAUUACUGGCAAUAUCUAAGUGCCAAUAAAUAAUUGCUUAAGUUAAGAUUGAUCUUUAUUGAUGACUUCAUGAUAAUAUAUAUUGUUAAUAACAAUGCCUGUAAGUAUGACAUACAAUAACAAUUUAACUAUAGUAAUGUUAAUGUUAUUAUUGAUUAAUUUUAAUAGCAAUUAUAUAAUAAUGAAGAUAAUAAAUGAUUGAUUUACAGAGUGGAAAUGAACAAUUCAUUGGAUCAAGACUUUGAAGAAUUUAGAUUUUCAGAUGAAAGCAAAAUUUGUAAAGAUGCAGUGGAUGAUUUGCAAAAAUUUGGUAUGUCUUUUUUUUCAAAAUAAUUGAAUGUAGAUGAAAUAUUUAUAUAUUGAAGUCAAAUGUAACAUGUGCAACAAAUAGCAUUAAAGUUUAACCUAAUUUGUGCAUAUUAUUUUUUUUUUUGAAUUUAACGUCUUAUCCUUGUUUGAUUGCAUAUGCUUCUUCUUUUUUUUUGCAUAUAGUAAAACAUUUCACUUGAAAUUUCAUUGCUACAAAACAUUAUAACAUUUCUAGUACUUUGUUGCUGAUCUAUGGUUAUCUUUACAAAACCUAUUCCCAUAAAUUUCUCCAUCCAGAUUUUAUCACGAUUAAAAAAAGUUUAGUUAAAUAAAUUAAUGAGAUCACUUUCUAUUACGCUCCAAGGUGUACAUUAAAUAAAUUGUCAAAGGAAAGUGUAACAAAAAAUUUUUAUUCAGAACUCUUGAGAGAAGGUUAGGAUACUGUUAGUACCGGACAACGCGGAAAAUCUCAAGAUUUCGUUAUUGCUGUUUCACUCGAUAUAUUUAUGUCUUUAUUUAAUCUCAAUAAAUUAUAAAUUAAUAUUGUUUCUUUGGCUAGAGUUACAACAAUAUGAUUUGAUUCAGUCGUAAAGUUUAUUUCUAUUACCUUCUCAGUCCGUUUGUUCAAUUGAUUAACCAUAUUCCACUAAAUUAUUUUGACAAAUAAUAUUCUCUUAAAUGAAAUGUAAUUAUUUAAAAUUAGACAGCGAGGCAAUUUAUGCACGUUUGCAAUGGUGUCGGACAAAAUGCGUUUCGAUGCGAAAUACAUCGCGGCGGGAACAGUGCGCUAAUACGAAGUGA